CCCGCGUCACCCAGGUCCGGCGAACAAAACGAGCAUUCCUCUAUUACCGUAGUUUGGCACGCGCAUUUACGCUCAGUGUUGCUUCAGAUCCGCGCGCUGUUCAUCCGUUCACUCGGUAGUAGAAGAGGCCUGAUCGAGGAGCGCCGCUUUAACCACGAAACACCGACGUUUUUAUACGAUAUUCGACUGCCAGUGAGCCGAGCCGUUACCCCCGAGCCGAGACUCCCCGGAAUCCGUCGACUGAACGCGUCCUUCGGAGAGCCGUCAUGGCGGACUCGAGCAGCGCAGCGGCGGGCGGAGCCCCGGGCUCCGGUAGCGGGGCUGCCGGGGCGGCGGGCGCUGUGGCGCAGGACGGAUCCACCGGAGCCGCGGGGUCCAAGGUGGCGUCGGAGCUGGUGAAGGGGCAGGCGUUCGACGUCGGCCCCCGCUAUGUCAACCUGUCGUACAUCGGGGAGGGGGCGUACGGGAUGGUCUGCUCUGCCCUGGACAAUGUGACCACCUCCCGCGUGGCCAUCAAGAAGAUCAGCCCGUUCGAGCACCAGACGUAUUGCCAGCGCACGCUGAGAGAGAUCAAGAUCCUGCUGCGCUUCCACCACGAGAACAUCAUCGGCAUCAACGACAUCCUGCGCGCCCGCCGACUGGAGGCCAUGAGGGACGUCUACAUCGUGCAGACCCUGAUGGAGACGGACCUGUACAAGCUGCUGAAGACGCAGAAGCUGAGCAACGACCACAUCUGCUACUUCCUGUACCAGAUCCUGCGCGGGCUGAAGUACAUCCACUCUGCCAACGUGCUGCACCGGGACCUGAAGCCCUCCAACCUGCUCAUCAACACCACCUGUGACCUGAAGAUCUGUGACUUCGGCUUGGCACGGAUAGCCGACCCGGAGCACGACCACACCGGCUUCCUGACGGAGUACGUGGCCACACGCUGGUACCGCGCCCCCGAGAUCAUGCUCAACUCAAAGGGCUACUCCAAGUCCAUCGACAUCUGGUCCGUGGGCUGCAUCCUGGCCGAGAUGCUGUCCAACAGACCCAUCUUCCCUGGGAAGCACUACCUGGACCAGCUGAAUCACAUACUGGGGAUCCUGGGCUCCCCGUCCCAGGAGGACCUCAACUGCAUCAUCAACACCAAGGCCCGCAACUACCUGCAGUCCCUCCCCGAGAAGCCCAAGAUCCCCUGGGACAAGCUGUUCCCCAAGGCCGACGGCAAGGCCCUGGAUCUGCUGGGUCGCAUGUUGACCUUUAACCCCAACAAGCGCAUCAGCGUGGAGGAGGCCCUGGCCCACCCCUACCUGGAGCAGUACUACGACCCCACGGACGAGCCCGUGGCCGAGGAGCCCUUCACCUUCACCAUGGAGCUGGACGACCUCCCCAAGGAGAAGCUGAAGGAGCUGAUCUACGAGGAGACGGCCCAGUUCCAGGCCACCUACCAGGGCUCCUGAGUGCAGCAUUGCGGAGGCGGAGCAUCGGGUGGCGGCGGCGGCACCAGAAGACUCCGAACGCGACCACGAAGAAAACCACGACGACCACGAAGAAACCGCGACGACCACGACGACCGCUACCAAUCAUGUAAAAAAAAAAGAAGAAAAAAAAAAAAA